CUUUGCACGACCAAGGCUUGGCUUCGUGGCUCCAGUCCUUCCUAGACGCUCACCACGACUUUUGGCUUUGCGCAUUGUUGCGCAGCCAGCGCCGGCGUGAGUCAUCUCGACGGCGACGUGAAGGGCUAUGUAUUUCCCGCUGAGUCAUGUCACGUCGAGGAGCUCAGUUGGGCACAGGCCGGAUAAGAAGCCCUGCGAGGCACGUUCUGAAAGGCGCUUUCGCAGGGUGUGUGUCACUGUCACGGUGGCGAUUCGCUGCACCGACUGACGCGCGGAAGGAUCCAUGGGGCCGUGUCGCCUGUUGGGAUACGAGUACUAAGUCUAGUAAUCAUGGUUGUGUUUCAGGCAGUGAGUGGACGGGACGGGUGAGGGAGGGGUAGAGAGAUGGCAAUCCCGAGUUCCGUUGACAUUACCUGAGUGCAGGAACGAUGGAUACGACGUGUUCGUUCGGUUCGGACGCAUCAGUCAGCCUCGCGCGCCGCCUUGUUGGAUUUCCACCUGCCAAGCACCAACCCCAAUCCCCCUGUCCGUCCGUCCGUCCGUCCACCUGCUCCAGUCAGACUGGAACCACGCAAUGCUCAUUCUUAUUACAGUAGUAGGUUCCGCCGGCCCGGGCGCCACAAACUCCUCCCUCUUUGCCUCGUCGUCCACCAUCAACCACCUCGUGUUCCUACAACACGCACCAUGACGUGAGGCGCAACAGCCGCACGCCCCCGUCACCUCGAAGCGCUGCACUUCCCGCGAUAGUCUGCCCGUCUGCCUGGCCGCCGCUCGACCAGAUCCUGUUACGGCGGUCGUCCAAUCCACCGACAGUGCACACGGGCUCAACCUGCCCCUCAGCCUAUGCCUAGGUUUCUGUCCAUCCGCGCCCAGGCGGUGGUGCUGCUCCGUCCUGCCAAACAUACCUGGCCUUGAGACAUCUCGCCAUGGAGAAGAAUGAUUCGAAUGUGAACGCUUCGUCAAACGAGGCCCAGCCCCCGCCCGCGGCCCAGGAUCCGGCGGCGGUCUCGACGCCGCCACCGUAUUCUGGCCCGUCAACGGGCGACUUGCAUCGCCGCGAUGAGCAGACCGACGUACCCAAGAGCCCCGUGCGCUACCCGGGUUUGCCCAAGCUCGACUACAGGCUGUACUCCCCGCCGCUCUUCAAACUAUCCUCCGACUCAACCACUCUUUCAUCCAAGGCUGAAUACCUUUCAACUAACCCGGCUGCUCUGGCCGCUCUCAUCCGAGCCCAGUCGACUGUGCCCCCAAAGCCCCAGAUUCAAGUUCGCGGCACCCGUGGCCGUCGCGUCGACUUCGAUAUUAAGCUAAACCUCAUGAGUCUCCUGGUUCCAGACGACGAGCGACACCGUAUCGACUACAUCCGCUGCGUGGGCGACGGCGAGGUUGGUUAUCGGGGGGGUAUGCGACCUGAUGUUCUGCCCGAAGUUGGCGAUGGUGGACUAGACGAGUGGUGCCGUCGCUUCGUCCAAGACACAGCCGCCGUCAAGUAUUUUACACUCGAUCGAGUCGUCGCCAACCUCGAUGUUGCGUGGCUUGAGGGCCAACUACGCAGUCUAGUGGCCACACUGAAAUACAAGGGCACGGUCGAUGUGACGUUUCUCGUUACCCACAGUCGUGUUCUGGUUCAGAACCCUGACAAGGUCAAUCACUUCUUCACGACUGUUGCUAGCCUCUUUUCCGGCAAGAACAAAUACGAGGUCGUACGAGCCGUGUGGCCAUUCGCAACCACCAAGAAUGGAGAGCCAGGCAGGAAGUGCGUCGUGCAAAGCGAGGAUGUCUGGUGGCGGGAAUGGAGGGAUCCCAUCCGGUAUGCCAUCUCCCAGAAGCGUCAAGGCUGGGUUACGGUAGAAGAUAAAUUAGAAGCAGUUAUGGAAGGCAAGGGAAACCAGACCGAGCAAAUAGACUGGGGCCCAGAUAUAAACUAGGGGUAGUAUUAUAUUAAGAUAGUAUAGGGAACUUUAACUAUAAUAUUUUAUUUAUCUAUUUAUUUAUUAUUAAGUAGGCUUAAAGUAGACUACUUAAAGAUAAAAAUAAAAUAGCUAUUAAAAACCCC